AUUUACAUACUUUGCAUUUGUACACACUUGAUUAGUAUAUAGUGCUUGUUUGGUAUACACCGAAGAUAUAUCUGCGAUAAUGUAUAUGAUUUAGAUAAGAAACUAAUAACUGAAUACUAGUAGAAGAAUGGCAGACAAGAAAGAAGACUCCUUGCUAAAUUUCGGCGACUUUGCUGCGUCAACCACGAACACGCCCGCGUCUGGUCAGCAAAAUGCCACAGAUGAUAUUUUUGGGGCACUCAUAAGCGACAGUGGCGCCUCGAGUGGUGUUCAAAACACACCUCUCGUGCAGUCCGAGGACUUCAGUCCAAUCUCUGGUGGUGGAGUUGGCGUCACAUCGACAGGGCAAGACGAAGACCUCUUUGCCGACUUUGAGGACUUCAGUACGGAUCCGAAUCCCACAGAAUCGGGCAACGGAGGUACAGAUUUCUGCGAUUUCGGCGAUCUCGGAGAUUUCGGGACAGAAAGUGGUGCGACUCAAGAAGCCGACGCGUAUGACUUUGGCAGCGAUGCAUUUGGGGGAACAGACACUGCGAUAGACGACGUUGCAGCAGAGCCAGCGCUACGGACGACGUCAGAUACAGACGCGUAUGGACAGUUCGGUACGUCGGAUUCGUUAGGCGCAGACCCUAUGGUAAAGGUUACGGACUCUGAUACAAGUCAAAGUAAAGCGGGCGGAGGUAGUCUGGGGAUGAGCGAUUUGCUGGGCCUGAAUUUCAGCUCGCCCGUGACAUCGCCUUUCGAUAGGUCCCCCAAUACCACACCGCAACCUACACCGCUACCUACACCUUUAGAGGCCGCCGUACCGGCGAGUGCAUCCGGUAGCACUGCCAAUGCCGAUGACACCCAGACCACAGCUGGUCUUGAUAGCCAUCACACGCACGACGCUAGCGACACCAGGCCUGACAAUUGGCCUAUGAGUGCAUGGCCUGAUCCAUCAGCCUCGUCCAACCCCACCGCCAGUGCACAAACGGAUUGUUUCGGAGACUACGACGGGUUCGGAGAGUCCGCUGCGAAACGCUCGGAAGACGUUACAGCGCCUGCUGAAAGCAAGGUGCAGCCGGACGAUCUCGAUGAUUUCGGCGGGUUUGGUGGUUAUGAGGUGAAGCUUUCGGACGACGCGUCGGAGAAGACGCCGCAGGCAACGCACGCCGAUGGGUUCGGUGAUUUCGGAGGCUUCGAUGAAACUGUUGUACAUACGGCUAAGGAUUUUCCAGCACCGGCUACCGAAGCAAUGGCAGAAGCCGAUGGCGUGGAUGGGUUUGGCGAGUUUAACGAGACCAGUCUACAGACUACUAUGGAUACUCCGGAAAGGGCGGUACAAGAGGUGCAUGAUGAUGGCUUUGGUGACUAUGGCGGGUUUGGUGGUACUGGCGAAAUGCCGUCUGAGGUUGCACCAUCUGAACCUACACAACAACAGCCAGACGACGGCACCGACGGCUUGGGGCAUAGUGAUCUACAAGCGCCCGAGAAUCGACCCAACGAAUCGGAACAAGCAGAGCAAGCCGAUGGAUUUGGUGAUUUUGGCGGGGUUGACGAAACUCUGACAAAGACGUCGGAGGGCGUUUCCAAAGGGCUUACAAACAACGAGCAAGACAAUGAGCUCGGUACUUUUGGCGCGCCCGGUGAAUCCAAUGUAAUGCGUUCGGAGGGAGGUGCAGACACUGCGAUGGAAAGCGCUCGAGACGAAUGUUUCGGCGACUUUGAUGCGCUGAACAACACUGCCGAGAAGUCAUUAGAGCCUGCUGCCGCUCAUGCUGCACAGGACAAUGAGGUUAGCCAUAGCGAAGUGGACUCACCAAUUACUGCACAACAAGUGCAAGAUGACGGAUUCGCUUAUUUUGGCGUGGUUGAAGGUCACGAAGCAACGCCUUCGGAAGAUGCCUCAGAUGGAGCUACACCAGAAAUGCAAAACACCCAAUUCGGUACCUGUGGCGGUGUUGGCACUAGCGAAGUAAGGUCUUCUGAGGAUACGACAGUGAAGGGACCACCAGGCGAGCCAGACGGUGAGUUUGGUAGCCUGGGUGGGUUUGGCGAAGCCUACCUCAAACCGGCGGAAAAGGCUCCAGUGCAGACUACACCACAAAUGCAGGACGAUAGAUUCGGUGAUUUUGGUGCGUUUGGCGGUACAGAUAGACCUUCGGACGACGCGCUGCACAAUAUAACACGAGACGAGCAAUCGGACGGGUUUGGUGAUUUUGGCGGGGUGGGUGAUGUCAGUGCGAGACCUGGGGAGACUUCUUUAGGUGACACGCGGCAAGGCACGCCAGAGGUUUCUUCAGAGAAGGCUCAACACGCCAAAGGCGGCUUCGGUGGUUUUGAUAGGCUUGAUAAGACCGAACCAGCGGUCAGCGCCGAGGACAGCCACGGUGGUGUAGGUGUGAGUGAAGGAGUUAGAGAGAGUUUCGGUGGUGGUAACGAGAGUUCGGAUGCUGUUGGCCUGAAACGCAGCACGGAGGAUGGCGAACAGCAGAUAAAUUUACCGGAGCAGCACACACCUGGCGAGAAUUUCGGUGAUUUUGCCGAACUCGGUGACAGUGGACACAUGGACACGAAGGAUGAUUUUGGUGAUUUUGCUGACGAACCGACA